AAACAAGUUCUUUAACAAGACCGAAAUGGCAGCUCUUUUAAAGAAAAGAGCUUUGGCGGAGUAUAGUCAAGUUAUUCAGGAAGAAGCACCUAAGCCUAUAAAGAAGCUACGACUGACCCAGAGGGCGGCAGAACCAGAGAUACAACUUAACCUCCAUGGCUUGUCCUCUAAUGAUGUUUUCCAGGCCCUGAUCAAGUUUGAGCACAGCUUGCCCGUGAACAGUGCCUACCUGACCCAGAUUGUGCGCACCUUGCUGGACCAUUAUGGAAGAGAGAAGGAGCCCUUUGUAAGGUCUAAGGUUGCAACCUUGCUGGCCAAACUGUCUAUAGUUCCUGGUAUCUCUGCCGAAAGCCUGGCAGAAGAGCUUAUUUCCUUGCUGACCACAGAAGACUCCCAGAAGGCUCAAAGUCAUCUGAUCUCAGCAUUGUGUGUGAUUGGUCAGUCGGCCGCACUUAACAGACAUUUGCACAGACAGCUAGUGGAACAGGCUCAAAAGCAUCUGACGAGUGGCAGUCACACUGUCAGAAGGAGUUGCUUGCACCUGAUUGGCUGUCUAGAGUCACCUGACCAGUCAAACAAGGUGGAUCACUCUAGUGUGCAGAAACUCAUUGAGAGUUUUGUUGGUGAUCAGGACCCUAGAGUUAGGUCCAGCGCAUUUGAAGCCUUGUUGAAGCUACAUGACCGAGGCCUGGUUUUAGAGGAGAGUUUAUACAAGACAGCAUGCGAAGCCCUUACAGAUGAUUAUGAGGGGGUCAGGACAGUUGCUGUACACUUGGUCUGGGUGUUGUCUCAUCUAUACCCCGAAAGUUGUGUACCAGUCCAGGGAUCAGACGAGGUCCUCAGACUGGUUGACGAUGGAUUUGUCAGAAUUUGUAUCAUGAUCAACGACAUCUCUGUCAAUGUGCGGACCAAAGCUGCAAGUCUCCUGGGCUCCCUUCACCUGGUCAGUGUCAAGUUCCUGGAGCAGACUCUCGACAAACAGCUCAUGUCCAAUAUGAGGCGUAAGCGUACUGCAGCUGAGCGGGCCAAGGAACACUACACAUCAGGGGUGUGGUCCUCCGGGAAAAAAUGGGCAGACGACGCUCCAAAAGAAGAACUGGACCCGGAGAGUGUUAACGUUAUCAACAUCGGGGCAUGUGGAGCCUUUGUGCAUGGGCUGGAGGAUGAAUAUUCAGAGGUACGUAACUGCACCCUCGACUCUAUCUGUGAGCUGGCCAGCCAGAAUCCCCAGUUUGCGAUCCUCAGUCAGGACAGUAUAGCGGACAUGUUUAAUGACGAAAUCGAGAGCGUAAGACAUAACGCCAUCAACUCUCUGAAGAAACUGAGCCAGCACUUGGAGAUCAGGGAGGAUCAGCUGGAGAUUAUGGUUGGUGUUUUGCAGGACUUUUCAUACGUAUCACGUGAGUCACUGCGGGACAUGUUAUGUGAGAUGAAAUUCGCCACCAAAGAAUGUCUCAACACAUGUGUGGUCGCCCUACUGGACAAUCUGCGAAGAUACCCCCAGGACAGGACCUCCAUAUGGAAGUGUAUGCAUCACUUGGGGAAGAACUGCAGUAGCCUAGCCCUGCCUUUGUUACCAGACCUUUUAUGUCUUCAUCCAUACUUUGACACCCCAGAGCCUGAAAUGGAUGACCCAGCUUACAUCAGUAUCCUGGUUCUUGUGUUCAAUGCUGCAGCUGGGAACCACACGGCUCUGCCCAUGUUCCAGGAACACACAUGGAGGCACUACACGUACCUACGGGACAGUCUGCCUGACCUUGUACCUCAACUUCAGUGUGAAGAAUUGGAGAAAACUGAUGGUGAAUCAUCCAAGGAGGAGAAUUCUGAAAUGGCUGUGGAGUUUGUGAAGUCAACAGUGGAGAAACUGUCUGACCUUGGCUCCUUGGAUACAGAAACAGCCACAAGGCUUCUCAACACAGCAGUCAGUGACUUACAGCAGGUAGCUAAGAUAGACUCGUCCACGUCCGCUUCCGCUGAGUGCCUCUCCCUCUUCCUCAAGGCACAGAUUCUCAUUACUCAGUUGAUGUCUCAGCAUGCCUAUAUCCUGACCGGAAGCGUUACCGUUGGAAACCUGAGUGUUGUUGUGGAAAAGCUUCUUUCCCUGACCGGACAACUACAAACACUCUUUCUUGGGCUUGGCACUAAUGAACUAGCCCUUAUCAGGCAGACAGAGCUUAAGGCUCUAACUUUCAGAUUGUGUUCUACACUGGCCAACUCCCAGGAGCUGGCGACCCAAAUGAAGGCCCAGGGCGUCUACACUAACUACCUGUCCUCUCUACAAGGAAUGUUAUCGGGAGAGGAUGCCCCAACUGACCAGUGUACGUCCUUCCUACUCUCCAAACUUACGGCAUUGAAAGGAUCUCAACUCUCUAAUGUGCAAAAUAUCCUUCUCUCUGCAUUAAAGUUAGUACAGCCGGUCACGUGUCCGCUAACGAGGAAGGUACGCAAGGCAUUUGCAGUUAUCCACGAGCCAGCACGCGUAUCGGACAACCCCGUCAAGUUUACUGCAGGCCUUACUGCUGCCAUUCCGCUGAUCGCUGAUGUGGAAAAUGUUGCUAGGCUGGACAAUGUCAGGAUCCGGGUUCAGUACCCAGACACAACUACAACACUGACAAAACCAUCACCUAGUGACCUGAAGAGACACAGCAGUCUUUCACACAGACUAGUUUCACAGGUUCUCAUAUCACACGGACAUUGGUCAGAGUCAAGUACAAUUGAAGUAAGCCUUGUGUUGAUAAAUGACUGUGAACGCCUCACCAAGUUCAAGUCCCAGUCUGCUCAUAGUUCAGAAGAAAACCAGUCUGUCAUAGAACUCUGUAUACCAGUCAAAGUGCUUGUGUCUCCAAAACCUCAUAAACGCUGAAGUCUUCCUUCAGUUUGAACAGAAGAAGACCUUUCUGUUAUAGAACUGCAUAAAAUUGCGUCCAGCUUAACAAUCUGUUAAAUUGUAUGCAAAAUGGAUAUGCAGUCAGUUUUACAACUAGUUAAUGCUGAAUUCUGCAUUUGAGCAUACAGAUACCAGUAUAUGUGUAUAUCUACCAAAUACUUUAUGGCUCAAAUUAUUCAUACAUGGAUUGAAUGUAUAAACUCAAAUAAUCUGGCACAGAGACAUUCCCACAUGAUAUGCUGGAUAUAUCACAUCCUUGAAUGCUGUUAGUAUUCAGUGAUUAUUUUUUUUUUUGGUGCAAUUUACUGCCUUCUUAAGGCUGUUUCCCCUUGCGAAAAAUGUCCAUUUUAAUCAAAAAAUCAAUAAAAAAAAAAUCCCAAUUUGAUAAAUGCAGAUUAUGUUGAUGAUUGAAAAAGAAAUGAAUUUCUUUAAAAAUAAAGAAAAUUUUGACAAGACUAAAUCUUCCACAGCAUAAUGUAUGCAUAAGAAGGUGAAAACACGCAUAUUUGCAAUUUUAUUUGCUAUUUUGUUCCGUUUUUAUGUUUUUCCCAAUCUGACCUUUUUUUCCCGAUUUCCAAGGCACAGGCGGAACAAAUAUGUCCGAAAUGACAUCACUGGUAUUAAUUUAAUAUAAUAUUAUAAAUUGCUCUACUUAAGUAUUCACAUGUGUAGUGAAAAUAAAAAAUGUGUGAAUUUGGUGCUGAACCAGGCUUUCUAAUGAGUCUGUUACUUUAAAGCUGCACUCUCACAGAUUUAGCGUUUUUACAACUUUUUAUUUUUUUUGUCUUGGAAUAAGCAAAAUUUUGCUUAAAUAUCUGCAAACCAGUGUUUAAAGACUGCUGACAAAAGAUCAGAUCUCAAAUUUCAUAUUUCCAUUCAAAAAAUAAUGUUUCACGGCUAAAAGUGUUACUAACGGUUUAAGAAAAAGGCUUAAACAUCAAUUUUUGAACUUAAAAAAAUCUGCGAUCAAAUUUUUUGUCAGCAGUCUUAUGACUGGUUUUCAUGCAUUUUCGCAUAAAUUGGCUCGUUCCAAGACAAAAAAAAUAAAAAAGCUGUCAAAACGUUCACUACAUGAGAGUGCAGCUUUAACAGAUAAUAUAGAAACAAACAGACAGAAAUUAGAUUGAUACAUGUAUCAUACAAGAUAUCGAUGUUUUAAUGUAAACACUCCUGAUUGUAAAAUGGGCAAAAUAUAGUAACAUGCUAUGGCUGAAUUAAACAUUUCAUACAUGA